AUGUUCUCGGAGGAAGCUAGCAAAAAUAAGGAUAUGAUGGCAAGACUUAAUCAAACCGGAGGAAAAUUUACAGUAACUGUGAUCAGAUUCAAACGGCGGCCUACUAUAAAACCGAUCCUACCAAAAGGGUACGAACCCGUUCAAGGUUUCGAAUAUGAAUGGACGGUGCUUUAUCUGAUGCGUGGUAUGGUUUUAGGAUUGGAUGUGCGCAUGAUUGACAAAAAGAUAUAUGUAGCCAAUCUUAUGCCGGAUAGUAUAGCUGCCAUGUCAUUACUCAUUGGAGAGUGUAUUAUAGAUGUAGAUGGAGAACUAGUUACAUCAAUACCACAGGCUGCUGUUGGACCAUCGGCAGAGGUGAAGGAUCUGCCACUCCCACCGGAGACAAAGCCGUGGUGCGAAAAAGGCAUCGCUGCUCUGAAGGAAAAGGAUCCGAAGCCAGUCUAUCGGGAACCUAAAGCUGAUAAGUCAGUUUCCAUGUACAAAAGCUUUAUUCUCAACCACCGAACCCAAAAUGUUCAGGCAAAGCGCGAUGCGACUGUGAAAGGACAACGAAGAGUACACGCCUCCCGACAUUUCAAUGAAAAAACCGUCCAGCACGACUACUACGAAGAUUUGCAGACUAGUCUCAUCGUUAAGGUUCCUCCUCCACGGACAUCAUCGUCGGACAGUCCAGCUAUGUAG